GACAAUCUCGAGGUGGUGCUUGUGAAAAUCCAAGACAAUAAACCGUCACUGGUCACCGGCUACACAAAAGGCUACGCUGCUCCAAAAGAGGACUCUCCGCUAAUGUUGCACCAAAAUUGCUCAGUUUCAACACCAAUCAACUACAAUGCGCUUCACUCGGCCAUUGGCAGCAAAUGGAGCAAGACAACACUCGUUGGAAGAGUGCCAAAAGUGGAACUUUGUAAAAGAAGGCCCAUUGGAAGACGGCAAAUUCGGUGCACAUACGGCUACGCCAGUUUCGAUGAAGGUCUGCCCAAAGGACUGUACGAAACGCAUCAUUCACGACUAAUUGCUCAGCAACCACGACCGGUCCGACUACUUGCUCCAGCGCCACAAGCUUCGCCAAAAAACCUACUUGUCAUGUUACGUUUUAUUCCGUCCAGCACAUUGAGCAGUGGAGGAAUCAUUCAAAAGCACACUAGCCCUAUACUUUCGACAGUGGUGUGUCCACGACAAUGCUAUCAACUUUUCGAAACCCGAGACGUACUGGUAGAUCCUGUUCCCGAAAAUGCGAUCUACAAUAAUCGCCAAAGCUCCCGUUUCGACGGUCUUUACGGAUACUAUCGUUUGUAG